UCAAUGGAAGUUAUCUCAAUUUUCCAUCCUUCUGUAGAUAGCUUGGCGUGUUAAGCUCUCGUCUCAAAUGCCGAAAUCGUCACGCGUAACUGGCUUUAAAAAUUAUAAAUUUAGCGGUCUCGAAUGUAUUAUAAAAUAAUGCCUGCAUCUUGACACUGGUCCAUCAUAAUGUCCAAUUGAAGGCUUACUAUUCUCGAGUUCGGCUUCAAUAUUAUUCGCCUGUCACCACUACAUUCAAUAAAAACACUGACAUGCAUUAUCUUUCCCAACGUCGGCCUUUAGGCGUCACGUCAUGUUUUGGUGCGAGAAUCUAGUGAAAAUAAUAAUCGAAGCAGCAGUAAGCAUUGGAUUUCUGCACACAAGCACGUAGCAUUGUGGAUACCGUGUACGCCGAAUUGUAAAUAUGAUCUAUAUUAUUCCAAAGGCUAUGACAACAUUGUCCUAAACGGCUAGAACAUUACUCUGUUUUAUAGCAAACCUAAUAUUGUUAAGUUUCCCGUGGCUAUUUCGAUUUAACCCCUGUCCACGAACGGCGAUGUGCAUAUGCUAGGCUAUUUGGUUAGCUUUCUAAUUGGACCAUAACACACCAAAGUUAAUACUUGCCUGUUUUAAACCGAACAGGUUAAUAUAUAACGAUGUUUGUGAAAUAGUUAUAAGUCAACCAAUGUUCCAAUAACAUUUAUACUGUAGAAGAAGUACAAUAUCGCAACAUAUAAAAUACCACUUUAGUAUUUAACAGACGUGUCACGACGCUACAUCGCGUUUAAUUAGUCAUUAUUAACACAUGGAAUAUGCACGCUAUGUUGUCAUAACCCUGGCUCAUUGAAAUCUAAAGGGAUGUGGAGGGAUGUCUGUGCAGUGAUGAUGUAGCACUAUGGCAAGGAUUACCAGGGACCUCUGGAUAACAUAAAACCGGUUGCUGGGCCGGAUUUUUGCAACGUCAGUGCACGGAAAAAGUUGCACAGUAAAACAUUGCAUACGUUUUCACAUCUUUGAAACCGAAAGGAGUAUCGCCGACAACCGAUAGCAUCGGGCUUUCUACGGCAAUACUGGGGCCUAGCUGUCUUCUGUGAGACAUAAACAGAGCCCCCUGGCUGAAAACAUAAAGUCACAACAAGUAUACAGUGCAGUGACCACUUGGCUGACUUCAUUUUUGGAUAGUGUCACUGGGCCCUACCUGGCUGGACAGUGGUGUUGUGACCCAAAUGUUCUGCACCCAUCUUGUAUGAACGAUAAAGCCACACAGACUCCUGGAUGUUGGUGUGACAAAUCAAGGAAGAAAAGGAGCACCCACCAGUGCUCUGCUUCCUCGGGCAGCACCGACCGUCUCAAGGAGGUAGUGAAACUUGUUGGGGAGCUCCAGUGCAGUAAACGAAAAAGGCGCCACAGAAAAGAUAAAGGGUGGCUGUCCCCUCUGCAUUACAGCACCAUCACCUACACUACCCUCACCAGCACAUACCACUACAACUCGACAACCAGCCACGUCCAGCAUUUUUCCAUGUCUAAGUCAGCCCAGAUGCCGCUGUCCAACAUCACUGUGCCAAAGCCCUCCAUUUCCAGGGUACCCAGCAGCAUGGAAGGCAUCAACCACGAGCUGGAGAAGGUUUUUAUUAAAGACAACGGAGAGAAGGAGGAGCUCAAGUCCUUGGAGGUGCCCGACGGUCGGCGAGCACCUUUCCCUCCACAGCAGAGAAGCAGCAGCACCCGCAGCUUGGACACACAGACCCCUUCUGCCCCCGGCAGGUCCAGCAGCUGCUCCAGCCUGUCACCCUGUCCCUCACCGGUUUGCCCUCCAGGUUCACACGAUGGCAGUCCCUACUCCACAGAGGACCUCCUGUAUGAACGAGACAAAGACAGUGGAAGCAGCUCACCACUGCCAAAAUUUGCCUCUUCACCGAAACCUAACAACAGCUACAUGUUUAAGCGAGAACCGCCUGAGGGCUGUGAGAAGAUCAAAGCUUUUGAGGAGAUGAGCUCAAGGCAGUCAGCGACAGCGUCGGUCCCUCUGUUCUCCUGCCCUGACAAAAACAAGGUCAACUUUAUCCCGACGGGUUCUGCUUUCUGCCCAGUGAAACUCCCGGGCUCUCUGCUCGUCCCAGCGUCGGAGCCCGAAGAGGACGCAGUGGGGGGUCAGAUCCUCAGGGGGCCCCGACUCUACGGUGCACCCUCUCAGGUCUCCACAAGCACCAGCACAGACGACCCUCCAGAAGAGCCGGGGCCUUGUUCAGAGACUUCAGACCCCCAGACAGACAGCGAAGCCAUCAGCUAGACCGGAGCAGAGCUGGCCUCUGGCUCUGGUAUCCAUGCUGAGUUAUCAUCUAGAUGUGUUUCCGUCCUGCAUAAUAUCUGAGCUGUUGUUGGUCAAGGAGAAACCCAUCGUAAAACGUUAGGAUUUGCAGGUAACAAAGGGGGGAAAAAAAACACAAACAACACAGACCACUCUGGAUAAGGUUGGGGGAGGUGAGGGGGGGGGGCAUGCAUUUUAUGAACGGACAUUUGUUGAAAUGAUGUGUUGUGUUCUGUUUUAACAAUCACAGUAUGAAUAAGCUUUAUACAUAUUACUAUAUAUGUAUAUAUACUUAUAUAUGCUUAUAUAAACAUAUAUGUCAGGGUUUUCCCUGGGCUUCUGUGGGCCAUGGGUGCUGAUUUCUAUAGUCAUGUUCUGUUGUCUCUCACAGCACACCUUUUUUUACCAUUAGUGAGGACAUAAAACAAAACAGGUAAGUAUUUUUCGACAGUCACCGAGCAACUCGGUCAACGAGUAUCUCUUUGCGUACGAGUAAGCGACGAUUACACGAACCACCACUGUGCAACGCGGGAAACGCCCGCUUACUCGUCCUAACGUCUCGGUAGUAAAAACAUUCGGCUUCGUACCGAACAAUGUGUCCAGCUGGACCUAAUGUGUCAAACUCAUUACAUACAGCCUAUAACCACAUUUCCCCCUUUGUUUUUAUGAAAAGUAUAUUCAAAAAAAUAUUCAUAUUUAUUGAAAAAUAAAUUGACAAAACAUCAACAUGAAGUGUUUUUGCUUUUUUUUUUUUUUUUUACUUAUUCAAAACAUAAAAUUCAUCAACUGGAUUUAACCCCCUAGUGGACCAAUUUUGGGCCGCGGACCAUAUGUUUGACACCACUGUUCCAGACUUAUAUUUUAUACUAAUUAUCGUCUGAUUACGGUACUUUCUUGCUCCAUUUCCAGUCAGCUAUUGUAUAAUAGGCAUUUUCAUUCAUUUUUAGUCAUGUCAGGCUGAUAUGGGGAUGGGCUACAUAUAUUCAUUUCUAGAAAUGUGCAGCCAAUCAGUAACCUGCGUCCAGUGACGUACAUGUUACAUAUCGUUUUUGUCCCAAAGACAAAACACUGUCUUACUUUUAGAUCAUCUGCCGUGUUUGCAGCGUAGUCACACAAACCACAAGGCACAGUGCCACUAAGUUUUUAAAAUUUUUUUUUUUAUGGCAGUUCGCUCUAAAAAUAUACCUUCUAAAAGUAUAUCUUCUCAUCAAGAACUAUCAGGAUCGCUUUAUUUAUUUCCUUUCCUUUUCGGUUUCGAUGCGUCACCAAAUUGUCCCGCUCAAGUCGCCUAGUCGGAGGGAAAACCCUGUAUAUGUAUAUACACAAACACAGAGUAGCCAUAUUGAAUCUAACUGUUGUGGCUCGUUGGUGUGUGUGUGUAUUUAUUAACGCAUAUAUAAUGUGUGUAGGUAUGUAUAUAUGUAUAUAUUGUAUAAUAAGAAAGACAUAUGCUUUAAAGGAAAAAGCAAAACGGUGUAUCGCUGUGUUACGUAUUGAAUGAGAGAAGCAACAGACGUAUUUUAGACUGGAUUGUGAUUGUCACACGAUCCAGGUCACAUGACUUAAUCACCCUAUCGGAAAAACUGCAAUGCAAACAUCUUUAAAAAAAAAAACAAUAAUGGCCACAAAUUUGGCUGCGCAGUGUCUGCAUCUGGCCUAGCUUCAGGUAUUUCACAUUCAGAGUCUAUACUCAGGUAAUUUGGAAUGUAUAUCCAUACAAAUAUCUGCAGCCUUGACAAGGCAGAGCCGCUCUCAUUACUCCCUGAAGUUUUCCUUUAUUUCCAGAAGAAUCAUUCUCUCCUGAUCUGAGUCCAGUGUAUUGGCUGGAGCAGUGACAGGAGCCGCAGAAACUGAUAGGUCGGGGUCGGGGUCGUGGACGGUGUAUUACUGUACUGUACCACACGCACUGUGACUGUCGAAACGUGUGGUUGUAUGUACGCUGACGGAAGCUUUCUGGACAGAGACUUUAA